GAGCUGCGGGGCUGCGGACUGAUAAGCGGAUAGACUUUCUCAGUGUUUCUUCUGAUAUGAAGACCGAGUGACGCUUCAGACGGAGCGCGAGACCUUCAGGAGGACGAGCAGCGUCGCAGCAGCGCAGCGUCAUCAUUGGCUGAGAACCAGCUGGAGGCGGAGUCAGAUAGCGUGGGCGGGACUUCCUCUGAGCAGUGGACAAGAUGCUGCUGACAUCCUGCUACGCCCCCUGGAGCAACACCUGGCUCUGGUGUGUCCUGGUGCUCUUGACAGCUUCACCAGCAGUUCAUGGGGGUGACCAGACGGAGCCGUGUGGUGGACGGGACUGCUCCAUCUGUCAGUGCUUCCCAGCCAAAGGAGCGAGGGGAGCUCCAGGUGCUCUGGGACGGCAGGGCCCUCAGGGGCCCCCAGGCUUCCCUGGCCCUCAAGGGCCUCCAGGAGAGAAGGGCCACCGAGGAGAUGAGGGUCCGACUGGAGCUUCAGGACUGAAAGGAGACAUGGGAAAUGUCGGUGUUCCUGGUUUUCCCGGUUUAGAAGGAGUCCCGGGUCACCCGGGUCCAGCCGGAGGUCCUGGUUUUCCAGGUCUGGAUGGAUGUAACGGGACCAGAGGAGGGCGAGGAGAUUCUGGAUUUCCUGGAGAACAAGGUCCUGAUGGAGAACCGGGUUUUCCAGGACUGAAGGGAUUUCCAGGGGAUCCAGCAAUCUACUUCAUACAGUACCCUGGAGUACCUGGUGACGUUGGGCCAAGCGGACUACCUGGUCCCCAGGGUGAGCAGGGCCUGCCAGGUCAGAAUGGAGUUCCAGGUCCUGCAGGAUUUGCGGGGUCCAACGGUUUCCCUGGUCUGCCUGGUUCCAGGGGUCCACCUGGAGAAAAAGGUCGAUCUCUGCCCGGACAGAAAGGAGAUGAGGGGGAGCAGGGCCCCCAGGGGCCUCCGGGGCCAUUUGAGUAUGUUGACCCUCCAGAAGAUCUGUACAUCAAAGGAGAGCAGGGUCCACGAGGCCUUAAAGGUGUCUGUGGCAUUCAGGGACUGCCGGGUUUGGAUGCCCUUCCAGGAAUCAAAGGAGAGAAGGGGAUUGUUGGAUUUCCGGGAACAAGGGGAUUCUCUGGAAAUCCCGGUCAGUUCGGUGUGAAAGGAUUCAAGGGGAAUCUGGGAAGUCCAGGUCUUCCAGGUCUGAUUGGACGCGAAGGUCUGAAGGGCAUGAUGGGAGAUCCAGGUCCUAAAGGACUCCCUCGGGAUUCAGUCAUCACCCACCCAGGUGAGAUCGGGGACCCUGGUGCUCCUGGACCGAGUGGAAACCCGGGAGACAUGGGGUCGAUGGGAACACAUGGCCCUCCAGGAGACCCUGGCAGAUCCUUACCUGGACCAGCAGGUGUUGUGGGUCAGACCGGACUUCCAGGUUCCAGAGGUGACAAAGGAGAACCAGGUCAAGUGUUUAUAGAUGUACCCCCUCCUGGAGAACCAGGGAAACCAGGACAACCAGGAUUCCGAGGACCAAAAGGAAAACCAGGGACUCCAGGUCGUUAUUGUCUUCCCGGGGCCCCAGGACAGCCUGGAGAGCCAGGGGAAAAGGGGCCCCCAGGGGCCCAGGGCUUCCCAGGGUUUAAAGGUCAUCGUGGCAACUGUCUUUGUGGCCCCCCGAUUAUACUGGUGGGCCCCCCUGGGCCUGAAGGUGAACUGGGCUCGCCGGGGUUUCCAGGAGCCCCAGGGACUCCAGGGCUGAGAGGAGAGAGAGGUUUACCUGGAAACACUGGAGAGACUGGGCAACAGGGCCUGGGUGGCUUUCCAGGUGUCACAGGGUUCAAAGGUCAGAAGGGAGAUUUCAUUGUGAUGGAUAUUAAAGGUGAGAAAGGAAACAGGGGCCAGCAGGGUCCUGCAGGCAGACAAGGCUUCUCAGGGAGAAGAGGUACCGAUGGGCCCCCUGGGGCCCGUGGAAACUCCGGCCCCCAGGGUGAAAGUUUCCUCGGCUCACCUGGGGACCGGGGCUUCCCAGGCCCGUCAGGGCCAGACGGGAUAUCAGGCCCUUCAGGGCCCACAGGACCAGAUGUAGCUGGAGCAGUGGGACAGCGUGGGAACCCCGGGGCCCCGGGACUUCCAGGACCGCCGGGCCUCCCAGGGCCUAAAGGGGUCAAAGGUGACACUCUGCCCUGUGUACCCAGAAACCCUGGCCCCCCAGGAGAGAAGGGAGAGACCGGAAAUACAGGCUACAGAGGACUCCCAGGUCCUCCAGGUUUCCGUGGUGUCACUGGACCUGAUGGACCUAAAGGAGACGAAGGACAGUCUGGACUUACUGGACCACCUGGACGACAAGGACCUCCGGGGGUUGUCGGAGAUACCGGAGUGGAAGGACCUGAAGGCUUCAGUUAUGGUGGAGAGCCAGGCUCUCCUGGGCUACCAGGUUCUCCUGGAUUGAGGGGACCAGCUGGAGACUCUGAUGUUGGGCCCUCUGGACCCAUCGGCUUCCCAGGGUCAAUGGGCUCUCAGGGACCUAAAGGGGUCCCUGGCCCCCCCGGCAAUGAAGGAUUCCCAGGAGUCCUAGGUCUGCCUGGAGGCCCUGGGGCCAAGGGCCAGAGAGGACAGGAUGGGGCCCCAGGCAUACCUGGUCCCCCAGGGCCCACACCAGACCGCUGUGAUGCAGGAAAACCUGGUUCCAAGGGUCUCUCUGGCCCCCCGGGACCCAUUGGACGCCCAGGGUUUCUGGGGGAGAAGGGUGACAAGGGGGAGCCAGGCCCUCCAGGUUUUGGCCCCCAAGGCCCUGCUGGUAAACCGGGCUCUCCAGGGUUUCCUGGGUACACAGGACUUCAGGGCCCCUCUGGCUCCGUGGGAGACUCUGGACUGCCAGGGCCAGACGGUGAGAAAGGUCUGAUGGGGCCUACAGGCAGGGACGGAGGUCCAGGGGCCCCAGGAAGGAGUGGGGCCCCUGGAGUCCCAGGCGGGAGGGGUGAGAGAGGGUUCGAAGGACGGGAUGGAGCCGCAGGAUGUGAAGGGCUGAAAGGAGAGAAAGGCUGUAGAGGGGAACCGGGGCCUCCAGGAGACACCCAGUGUGUGCCCAUCAAAGGCGAGAAAGGAAAAGAGGGCCCUUCCGGCCUCAAUGGCUUCCCCGGACCCCGAGGAAAUAAAGGUUUGCGUGGUGCUGCUGGUAAGCCAGGCUGUACGGGCGUCAGCGGGCCCCCAGGCAUCGUUGGACCCCCAGGACCCUCUGGGUCCUACGGCAAACCGGGGCCUCCUGGAUCAGCUGGACGUCUAGGACCUCCAGGACUUAUCGGCUUCCCUGGCGAGACAGGAGAUCCUGGUGGCCUGGGAUGUCCUGGUAAGUUCGGUGAGCCCGGACACCAAGGAUGUGCUGGACCCAAAGGUGAUAAAGGACAGUCUGUGAGUUGUCCUGGUCCAGCCGGGGACAGGGGGCCUCCUGGACACUCAGGGCCCCCAGGCCCAUCUGGACCUCGGGGGGAUCCGGGACGCCCAGGUUUCGUUGGGGCUCAGGGGGAGAAAGGAUGCAAAGGAGAUCUAGGCCACCAGGGAGACACGGGUCCAUCAGGUGUGAUGGGCCCCACAGGUCCCAGAGGUCGGCCAGGUCCUGCAGGUGUUCCUGGUGAGGCCGGUGCUGAUGGUCCUCCAGGAGCGCAGGGCUGCCUGGGACUCAGAGGUCCUCCUGGACCGCUGGGACUUCAUGGACUGGAUGGACUGAAAGGAGUGAAAGGAGACAUGGGGACCAGAGGUCUAGGUGUUCAAGGUCCUCAAGGUUGCCAAGGUCUUCCAGGGGAUAAGGGACCUCCAGGCCAUCCAGGCCCCUGUGGUUCAUCCCAGCCCGGGCCCCCAGGACCUAAAGGCCCCCCAGGACCCAAAGGACCACCAGGUGAUUGUGGACCUCCAGGUGGACCAGGACCAGACUGUAAAGGCCCAAUCCCAGGACUUCCUGGAGAUCCCGGUUGCCCUGGACCAGAUGGAGAUCCAGGGUGCCCUGGUGACAUGGGGGAGCCAGGUCCCAACCCUCCCAUACCUGGAGAUGAUGGGGACAAUGGGGGCCCAGGAUGCCAGGGUCCGAAGGGAGAAAAUGGGUCUCUGGGGCCCAAAGGACUGCCAGGCAUAGCCGGAAAUCCUGGGUUGAAAGGUAAACGAGGGUCUCCAGGCCUGAUGGGACUACCUGGAAAUCGAGGUCCUGGAGGUUGUCCUGGUCCUGCUGGGCCUCCAGGACUAAAGGGAUCUGCUGGACAAGUGGGUCCCAAGGGGGAGAAGGGCCGAAACUCUACUUGCCCCACUUGCCAUGAAGCCCCACCGGGCCCACCUGGACCCCCUGGCCCCCCCGGUCAGCCUGGAUGCACUGGUCUCCAAGGAGAAAACGGCCUCACGGGACUCAAAGGUAAGAAGGGGAACCAAGGGUCUCAAGGACAAAAAGGCCCCAUGGGGCCACCAGGUCCAGAUGGAGACCAAGGAAAUCCAGGCCUGCAGGGGGAGAUUGGAGUUGUGGGAGCCAAGGGUGAUCCAGGUGUAGUCGGUGACCCUGGACCCUGCGGAGAAUCCAAAGUCCUGAACUCCGGCUUCCUGUUGGUGAUACACAGCCAGUCAAACAUGGUUCCCUCCUGUCCACAAAGAAUGAGGACUCUGUGGGUUGGAUACAGUCUGCUGUACCUAGAGGGUCAGGAGAGGGCCUACACACAGGACCUAGGUCAGGCGGGUUCGUGUAUGCGUGUCUUUUCCACCAUGCCUUUCUCCUCCUGCAACAAGAGAACCUGCUCUUAUGCCAGCCGCAACGACAAAUCCUAUUGGCUGUCGACAACGGCAGCAGUUCCCAGUGUACCUGUCGGUGGGGCCUCCAUCGAAGACCACAUCAGUCGCUGUGUGGUGUGUGAAGCCCCCUCCUCCCCCGUUGCACUGCACAGCCAGACCUCCAACCAGCCAAACUGCCCUCCCAACUGGAGGAGCCUGUGGACCGGAUACUCCUUCCUCAUGCAUACAGGUGCAGGCGAUGAGGGUGGUGGCCAGUCUCUGACAUCAUCAGGAAGCUGCCUGAAGGACUUCAGGGCCCAGCCCUUCGUGGAGUGCCAGGGGCCUCGAGGAACCUGCCACUACUUUGCCAACAUCUACAGCUUCUGGCUGACCAGAGUGGACAGCAUGACCUCGUCCUCCGACACGUCAUCCAGCACAUUGACAGAGGGCCCGCAGCAGAGGAGGAACAUCGGGAGGUGUAACGUCUGCAUGAGGGAGUGAGGAGCAUCUCCUCCUCCUGCAGAGUCCAAGAGGACGGACAGGAUGACACUCGUCUGAUUCUCUCUGUGAGGAGACACUGUCACGCUAAUGUUAAAGAUAACUCUGCCAAAUAAUAAUUCGAUCAAUCAUUCGUGUUCAAAUCAAUAGGAGCACAAACACUAAAACUGCACAAUUUAUAUUUGUCUUACUGCUUUGAACUGGGUUGUCUGAUAUUAUUCAUUUUACAUUCCACAACAAGUCUCAGUGUUUGAUGAAAUCUCUGAAUAGAUGGUAGAGAUUCGUCAAUAAAUAAGCCAUCUGAUUAACCGUUAUCAUACAGAGAAUUACAGCAUUUCUCAGAGUCACUGAUAUCUUUUUAAAAUAUGAUUCAGAACCUAACAGGUACCUUUACUUUUAGACCCUGAAUAUGAAAAUGUAAACAUUAAAGCUCAUUUAUUUAAUAUUUUCAUAUUAACACUGGAUCACAUCUCUGUAAUAUUAAAGUAUCUCUGCAGCUUUGCAGAGCUUUUUCGCCUCUUUUAGCGCCUAGUUUUGGUUCACUGGCAAAUUUCCUGUCUGGCUCAGUCUCCGUGUUUUCUGAUAAACUCCCUGUACACCUGUACUCUACCUUUCCAGCAGCAAACAGCAGACACACACAGUUAGCUGGUGAAAAAAGUGGAACAUCAAGCAGCUAGAGACAGAGAGUCAGACCAAAGAAGAGCUGAAAGGAUAAAAAAUGAUUCAAACAUUCGAUCACAUUGCUCUGUGUCUGCUGGAUGUUUGCUUAUGUAACCAGGUUGAAAUUAUCUUUAUUAUGUUCUAUACAUGAGUUUUUCAGCCCCUUGUUGGACAAAAUUAGUUAAUGCAGCUUUAAUAAGAAUCAUAAUGACAUAUUUUUGAGUUUUUUGUUUCUUUUUCAUAAUCCACAUAAAGUUGUUUUCUGUAGCAUUUAAACAGUGAAUUUGUCCCUUUAUGUGUAUGAAUAUUAUCUGAAAUCUGGAUACACUUCCACUUUUCAUUCCAGCAGAGGGCAGUCUUCACUCUCCAGAAAUAUAAUAUGUUUAUGUGAUUCAAAUCUUUCAGAGGAUUUGGUGAAAAUCGAGACUUUUGUUUUCAGCUCGUUCAUUCUCAGUGUCCACAGGCCUUCAGAUAGAAAACAGAAAAAGAAAUUUACAAACAAAAGAAACUUGAUUUAUCAUUGAUCAGUAAUUUGUUGAACGCUGUGAAGCAUGAGCUGAUGUUUUACUUUAUUGAUCAUCUUUCAUCUGUAACAACUGUCAUAUAUAGGCUUACCUGUUUCAAUUCAAACUGUCACCAAAGUAUCAAUAUUUAUUAAUACUUUUGUUCCUUAUAGAUCAUUGAAAAGUUAGUUUAGCCUUAGCCCUGUUUGUUAGUUAGACUACGUUUAAAGUGAAGGUCGAGUCCAUCAAUGAACAGCAACAUCCACCAAACCAGCAGUCACCUCUCAGUUAUAACACUGUGAUAACUCAGACAUAACUCAUCAGUAACUCACCAAUAACUUAGCAAUAACUCAGUAAUGACUUAUCAAUACUUCAUAGAUAAUACUGUAAUAACUCAUCAAUAUCCAUCAGUAACUCAUCAAUAACUCAUUGGUAACUCAGUAAUAACUCAGUAUUAACACAUAAAUAACUCAGUAAUAAGUCAUCAAUAAUUGAUCAAUAAUAAUUGAAACAUUUUCAAUCAGUCAGAGAUGUAUUUUUCUGAAAUUAUAUUUAUGUUUCUCACUGUUGUCGGGUGGAAACCUUGUAUCUCCCACUACAAGUCAAUAAAUAUAUUGAUAGAUUGGCAGCAUACUUAUUAUUAAAAAAACUCACAGCUCACAUUAUCAGUCAGCUGAUCAAAAGCAUCAAAAUAGAAGUUACAAGGUUUUCAUACCACAGUGUAAUGCAACAUCCUGUGAUGUCACAGCUGAUUGGUCGGUGGUGUUGGCGUGACGAUCUUUCCUCAUCAGAGAGGGCAAUGAGUGACCUUUAGCCCCGCCUCCAGCAUCGCCCACAUGACAACUGCACUGAAAACACAUCCUGAUUGGUCAGCUGACAGACAGUGGAUGCAUCCUGAUUGGUCAGCUGACGGACAGUGGAUGCAUCCUGAUUGGUCGGUCAGUAUUUUCUGUGAAUAUGUUUGACAUGAACUUUGAAACGUGUUCAGCUCAACUGUUAAUGUUCUUUUUCCAUGUUUUAAAGUAAAAACAGAGAGAACACAAAAUUGUGCUGUUACUCUGAGUCCAGCAUCAAAGCAGAACCAGAACCAGAACUGACCAGAACCAGAACCAGAACCAGAACAGAACAAGAAUCAGGAGUGUCUGGCAAAGCAACAGAAGAUGGUUAAACUAGAGUUCUGGUUCAGAUCUGAGGAAAUAUCCGUAAAUAUGUUUCAUGACUCUCGGGUGUCUUUAAAUCGUUCCACAAACCUCCAGAAGAACCUUCAUAGUUCUGCCAGUUUUCUUCUUCAUCAUUUAGUUUCAAACAGGAUGACUUCCUGCAGAGACUGACAGUGAAGCCAAUGUGGUUCAGUUUCUGAUUCCGGUUCCAGUUCUGGUUUCAUGCGUGUCAUCUCUCUGUGAUUUGUAAAUAUGUUUUUCGUACUGAACUUGGUCGCUUUAUAUUUUUACUGUAAAUGUCAUCAGAGUAUUUAUUUAGCCUGGAAUUCAUGUGGUGCUAUUUGAUGUUUCAUUUGUUCCUUUUUAUUUUAUUUUGGUAAAUGGUGACACACUGACAUCCUGCCCCUCUCCACCCUCCUCCAAAAUAAAAUAACAAAUACAUGAACACGUGUAACCCAUGGCAACGGCAUCCUUCUGACUGAUGGAUGUUUGUUGUGUAAAACAUUGUUAAAAAGUGAGACAUUCAGCAAAUUGGAUUAGUCACACUGACAGCUCAAGUCCCGCCCCCUCAAACACAGAGUGUGUGAUGUCAUAGCCAGUGAUGUCAUAGAUGAUCUGUCUUCCAUCAGACUUUAUUACAAGAUGAAACAGGUUCCUGAUGAUUCUGAGAUUAACACAUUUCUGAACGCCUCGUCAUUAAAAACACUACCCAGAAUGCUUUGAGAGGACGGCGGUGUUUAAUACUCAAGGUUUUCAUUAAAAUGAUGAGUUCAGCUCAUUUAUCUGAGAAUCCAGCAGAAAACAGGAUCAGAGCCAAUAAAAAACAUGAAAAUAAGAGACUAAAAAAUGUUAAAAUCAAAAUUUCAAAUGUUGAAAACAAAAUUUUAAAUCUUAAAAUGAAAGUUAAAAAGAAAAAAUAAGGUGUGAAAAGUGGGCAGGGCUCCAGCUGAUUAUUAUGAGAGGAGGGGCGGAGGGAGGCGUGUUGUAUUUAAAUCUGUCGGUGAUAUUUUAAUCUCAGUAGGAGGAAACUUCUCACUAACACUUGUGAAACAUUUUACUCUCUGUGAACGAACAACACUUCAAUAAAUCGCAUCAAACUUUCA